UAUAGGAGAUACGGUUGGACCAAAUUAGUAUAAAAGGAGCCGAACGUUCAUUGUUUUAUCAUCAUCAAUUCACUCCGGAUAGAGUCCGGCGGUGAGAGGCAGUCACUAGCAGCUUCAGUUCCGGUCGAAGUGAAUUAGUUUUGGCGGCGACCGAAUUUUCAUCAGUGAUCAAUUCCGUUGGCGUGGCAGCAAUUUAUCCCUGGGCAGCGAAAUCAACUUUCUGGGCAUUAAUUGUUUCCGGCGGCUUCUUCCUAGCAAAGAACUAAAGUUUGAUGCAACAAGGUUUUCUUAUAGAGGCUCGCAGCCUUGAGGAGAAACUCGGGGAGGCCGCAAUGGGUCGGGCCUUCCUUCUCCAAGGUGGGGAUUGCGCCGAGAGUUUCAAGGAGUUCAAUGCCAAUAACAUUAGGGACACUUUUCGGAUUCUCCUCCAAAUGGGCGCCGUUCUCAUGUUCGGCGGUCAAAUGCCUGUUGUAAAGGUGGGAAGAAUGGCUGGGCAGUUUGCAAAGCCAAGAUCAGACCCAUUCGAGGAGAAGGAUGGUGUAAAGUUGCCAAGUUACAGGGGAGACAAUGUAAAUGGAGAUGCAUUUGAUGCAAAGUCAAGAACCCCAGACCCUCAGAGGCUGAUCAGAGCAUACUGCCAAUCUGCAGCUACUCUGAAUCUGUUGAGGGCUUUUGCCACUGGAGGGUAUGCAGCUAUGCAGAGGGUCACUCAAUGGAACUUGGAUUUCACAGAGCAAAGCGAGGGCGAUAGGAAUAUGGAUGAAAAGCCGAGGAAGAAAAUUAUAACUCAAAGCAACAAGGAAAAUUGAUUACACAGACCGGGAGGAGCUCAGUUGAAUACCAAAGAAUGACUUGUGAUGCUCAUUUUAGAAGUUUAAACUUUCGACCUAAAGAAGAAUUUGUAUUGUACUAGAGUUUUGUGAUGGCAUAUUGUAAUAAUGCUAGUGUAUCACUUGUUCUUACUCGGGCUUUAGGCUCAAAAUCUACCUUCUUCCGAGCUUUAGGCUCAAAAUCUACAUUCUUACUAUAUUCUCUUUA